ACACCUCCCCAGUGGUGCUGGCCCUCUGUGAGCUGCUCAGUCUGUCAGUGCAGCCAAGGCAUUCAGUCAAAUAGCUAAGCAAGCAGGCAUGCAGACUGCAGCAAUCUAAAACAGCUCCAUACUACUAGCGCAGCCCAAGGGGAAGAGAGAGAAAUAAAUAAUUGAAAGAAAGACAAACUAGAAAGCAAGAACAAGAGAAACUGCACUCUUGUAGACUCAGGAUACGCGAUUGCUGGAUUUUGCAGAGCAAGUCUUCUUCAUGAGCAAGCAGCGGCGCUCAGAGAUUUCAAGGCAUUUUCAGGUCACAGAUCUGCCACUAUGGUUAAAUGUCUUGUUUAAUGGUUGAGAGGUGUGGAGCAUUUGAAAGUCCUGAUCGGAAUGCUAUCUAUUUUCGCAUGCUUGGAGAUGCACGAGUGAGAGAGCAAGCAGGGGUUCUCUCUGAGCGGCGAGGGUCCUUCCCAUUCAUAGACUUCCGAUUACUAAACACCCAGACCAGAGGCUCCAAGCAACCUGCAACCUGUGAAUGAUUUCUGCACAAACUGCAACAGCAAAUUCAGGAGAAAUUGGCACUAAAAAAAAAGUGAAGAGGCUGUUGAGUUUCCAGAGGUAUUUUCAUGCUUCCAGACUGUUACGUGGAAUUGUGCCACAGACCUCUCUACACCUUUUAGACGAAGACUACCUUGGACAAGCAGGGCACAUGUUGUCGAAGGUUGGAACGUGGAAUUUUGACAUUUUCUUGUUUGAUCGACUCACUAAUGGAAACAGCCUGGUUACACUUUUGUGCCAUCUUUUUAACGGCCAUGGUCUUAUUCAUCAUUUCCAGCUCGAUAUGGUGAAAUUGCACCGUUUUCUAGUUAUGGUGCAAGAGGACUACCACAGCCAGAAUCCUUACCACAAUGCUGUCCAUGCUGCUGAUGUGACUCAAGCCAUGCACUGCUACCUAAAAGAGCCCAAGCUUGCCAGGUAUCUCACCCCUCUCGAUAUUUUCCUGGGACUGUUUGCAGCUGCAGCUCAUGAUGUUGAUCAUCCAGGGGUCAACCAGCACUUUCUGGUCAAAACCAAACACCAUCUUGCAAGCUUGUACCAGAAUGUGUCCGUAUUGGAAAACCAUCACUGGAGGUCGACAGUGGGCAUGCUCCGCGAGUCAGGGCUCCUGUCCCACCUGCCUGUGGAAAUGACGCAGGAAAUUGAACAACAGUUGGGUUCGCUAAUUCUGGCAACAGACAUUAGCCGGCAGAAUGAAUUUCUCAGCAGUUUUAAAACUCAUCUGGACAAAGAUGAUCUGUGUUUGGAAGAUGCAGAACACAGGCACUUCAUGCUGCAGAUUGCUCUCAAGUGUGCUGACAUCUGCAACCCUUGCCGGGUGUGGGAAAUGAGCAAGCAGUGGAGUGAGAGAGUCUGCGAGGAGUUCUACAGGCAAGGUGACCUAGAGAGGAAGUUUGAACUUGAAAUCAGCCCUUUGUGUAAUCAGCACAUGGAUACUGUUCCAGCCAUACAAACAGGCUUUAUGACAUACCUUGUGGAGCCUCUCUUUGAUCAAUGGAGGCGAUUCACGGACAACACGCCCCUCACAGAGGCCAUGAUAAGCCACCUCAGGAAGAACAAAGCUAGGUGGAGGGCACUGCAUCACAAUAAGCACCACAGGGGUGAUGAUGACUCUGGCCAGCGCAGUGAGGUGGUUCAAUCAGGACCCUAAUCUCGUAACAAGACAGGCAUUACUCAGCAAGGAUGUUGCUGUUUGAACUCCUCAUGGCAGAUGCCUGUGUUGAGAUCUAUCGAAAUGUUACAGGGUACUCUUAAGUGUUGCCAAUGGUAGACAAGAGAAACACAAAGACUGAAGAAGAAACGACCAAAUCCUUUGCUUUCUCCCUCCUUGUCUUGCAUUCAUUUUGGAUGUGGAGGUCUCACUCUCUCUGAAAUGUAAUCAGUCAACCAAGUUUGUUUUCCAGUGUGAUUCCAAUGGAAGAAUGUCAUUUUCGAAGGAGGACAAGAGGCAACAGAAGUGAAUUUUUUUUUUUUUUUUUUUUUUUUUU